UUCAAGUUCUCAUUUGGACUGCAUUACUUAGAUUCGACUAGAUUAGACUUCCUCGAAUUACGUGAUACGGAGCGAUACCGUCCGUAUGUAAUGUAAGAGCUAGUUAGGUAGAUUCACGGAGAUUAAAGUACUAUUGAACACCAGGUAAAAUGCAGAUGAAUGAAACUUUAUAGAUUCAACAGAAAUUCUUGACGAAUCAGUUCAAAAAUGGAGUUAUGGAGUAUGAAAACGAUUCUCAUAUUUACAGUAAUCAAGGUCGCCAUGGUAACGAGUCAAAACGCAGAGAAGAGGCUUUAUAAAGACUUGAUGGCGACUUACGAUGCCUCAGCCCGGCCCGUCAUGAGGGCAGAUGAAACGGUUGUAAUAGAAUUCGGCAUAGCUUUAAACCAAAUAGCACAACUGGAUGAGAAGAAUCAGACUCUUAUCACACAGGUGUGGAUAUAUGAGGAAUGGGAAGACGAUAACUUGCAUUGGUCUCCUCAACAGUACGAGGAUCUUGAUAGUCUGGUCAUUCCUUCUGAACGUAUAUGGCUGCCUGAUAUCUACCUGCUCAACAACGCCGACAAGGGAGCCAAAGGAUUUGUUCGUGAAAAUGAUACGCGAGUUCUCAUCCACUCCAAUGGUCGUGUUCGCUGGGUUGUGCCUAUGAUAGUGAAGUCCUCGUGUGCAGUCGAUGUUACGUAUUUCCCCUUCGACAGACAGAAGUGUAUCAUUAUGUUUGGUUCCUGGUCAUAUGACACAACGCAGGUGCGGAUGGUCCGGUCUGCAGAUACGGCAGAUAUGUCCAGGUUUGUCACUAAUAGCGAGUUUGACAUUCUCAGAGUAAACCUCACUGAAACCCUCACGAACCUUUCCAGCGGGUUCAGAGGCGAGUAUAUGCACAUAAACAUAAACAUUGUCUUCCAAAGGAAAGCCUUGUAUUAUAUGUACACUAUCGUAGCCCCCACCGUCAUUCUCUGUCUGAUGAGUCUGUUUUCGUUCGUAUUGCCAUGCGACUCUGGGAAGAAGAUAGCUAUAGGGUUAACAGUGUUUGUGACACUGUAUGUACUACAGAUAGCGAUUGCUGAGAACGUCCCUGAGUCUAACACCAAUCCUGUUCUAGGUAUUUUCCUAACGUUGGUGAUGACAUUAAACGCCCUCUCGUUGAUAACGUCAGUCAUGGUGAUGAAUAUCAAGAAACGUGGGAGUAGGCACCCCAUACCACCCAUUCCAAGAUGGCUGUGGAGACUUACAGAAUGGCUGGGUAAACUAACUCUGACAAAGCUGGAUGACGAUGAAAUAGACGAAUGCACAUGUGACGUCGAUGAUGACGACAGUGACCAGGAUGAAAAUGCAGCAGAUCUAAGCACACGAUAUAUACGACAAACAAGUCUUCCAAAGGGAGAUGGCAGUACAUAUAAACGGCUCCCGCAUAGUUCCAACGGUUCAAACGGGUACACAGGACAUGAUACUUUAACUAAAUUCUACCAAAGGCAAAAUAUAAGGAAUGGGCAUAAUGGUUAUAAAAGUACUGGAACAUAUGAGUACAGUGAUGCACGAAAUCAAUAUAAAUCAGACUCUGAUGAAGAAAACAUAUCAGAAUAUGGGGACGCUGUUGAACAUUAUGAGGAUAACUAUAUCGAACAUGAUUUUACUAAAUACGAUAGAGGAAACACGUAUGAGCAGAUAGGACCAAGUCCAACAAAGUUAGGCGAUUUGAAGCACGAGUGGGAAUACAUUGCAGAAGUUAUGAACAAAUUGAUAUUUAUAAGUUAUCUUUUGGCUUUGGCUUUAACAAUAGUACAUGUCCAUGUGAAAUUGGGCCUUGUGGUGUAUCCAAUGGCAUCUUUGAUAGGCAUUCUAGGAAAAUACGUAUGUUGCGGCAAAGUAGCAAAAUGUUGGUUUGUCAGCAAAGAAAAAAUAGAUAAAGGAGAGAUACAUAGCUUAGUUAUAACUGUCAUGGGAGCAGUGCAGUAG